UCGGACACCGGUCCUUAAAACGACGACGGAUAAAGGCAGCAGCCGCCUUUCUUCACUGAAAGUCGCUCUCUUUCUCGGUUGAAAAUUGAAAGGACACAUACAAAUGUCUAGCUCCUCGCGAGCAUGUCAGCCUCAGACGUUUGGAUUGCCGUGGCCCGAUCUCAACGACGGAUUGUUCUACAACGACGUCGUUCGAACCCCCGAUUCCGAACUGACACUGAUCGAGUUCUACUCUAGCAAGUACAAUAAUUCAGCUCCAUUGCAAGGUUGGUUGCAGAGAAUUCGGAGCGGACAGAUAACAGUUGAUGGUGAAGUUGUUAGAGAUCCCGAUACGAUCCUCAGGGUUGGUUCGAAAUUGGCAUAUCAUAGACUUCCGUGGAGAGAGCCCGAUGCACCAUACUUGCUCGAGGUUCUGUAUGAGGAUGAUGAUAUGAUUGCUCUAAAUAAGCCUUCUGGGCUGCAAGUUUUACCUCAAGGUCUUUUCCAGCAACGAACAGUUCUCACACAGCUUCUAUGGCGUGCAACACAGAAGAUUUCUCCCUUAUCGUGCCAACAACCACAUCCUGUUCCUGCCCAUCGCUUAGGAAGAGGCACUUCAGGAAUAUUACUCUGUGCAAAGACAAAGCAUGCCAAAACUCAGCUUGCAGCAUACUUAGCUGACGGGACAUCUAAAAUUGGAGAUGGCAGUAAUGCUGACAUGGAGCCUCGUACAGAGAGGAAAAUAUCAAAGAUUUACCGGGCACUAGUGACUGGGAUAGUUUGUGAGGAUAAGGUGAUUGUAAAGCAGCCAAUUGGAAUGGUGCGAUAUCCUGGUGUGGCUAAAGGGCUGUAUGUUGCUUCUCCUACAGGAAAGCCAGCUCUGAGUAAAGUUGAAGUUCUUGAGAGAGAGAUUCAUAAAAACCAAACGCUAGUCCAGGUUGAGAUUCAGUCAGGAAGGCCACACCAAAUUCGCAUCCAUCUUUCUUACAUAGGACACCCAUUGUUAGGAGAUCCUCUUUAUGUUCCUGGUGGACAACCAAAGUGCUCAGAUUUCGACUUGGUCGAUGAAAGUUUUGCCGAUGAUGGAGGGUUUAAGAGGCCUACAAAUCCCGUUCCUGGUGACUGUGGCUACAACUUGCAUGCUCAUCAAGUCACUCUCUCUCACCCCGCAUCCAAUGAGGUAAUCAAAGUUAUAGCACCACUUCCACCAGUUCUUCGGACGCAGCAAGAAACCGAACAACUUACUCGCGGUAAACCCGAACAACUUACACAUCCGCACAAAUAAUAUCGGCCGAUCAAAAGGACUAGGAAGUUACACACAUUCAAAUGUAAAAUGUAUUUUGCUAGAGUGUUACUUUCACCUAAAUCAAUGACAAACAAAUGAUGAGAUGUUGGACUGGCAAA